AUGAAGCGCCUGUGUCAGGCGCUCCUGGCCCUAUCACUGACCUGUGGUGUUUGGGCCGAGUCUCAGGGUAGGAAAGGCCCGAACGUGAUAUCUGAUACAAGAAAAAAAACCCCUGCUAAUCCUAGUCCUUGCACAGAUGAGAAGCAAUGCGUCAGAGAGCUCCAAACGGUCUCUGUCGCCGAGGUCGUGGUCUGGGUGAAUGAACAAGGUGCCCCGAUCAGUACGGAAACCAGUCACAGCCCUACUACAACGACGCACAUCGUCAAGUGCCAUGAUGUUAGUAGUUUUGUGCCGCAGCCUUCGAUAUCAUCCUCUGACUCGGAUGCUUCGAGCUCCUCCUCGGCUCAAGGUGCACCCCGGCCUGAUGCCGGAGUGACUGACCGUGUUGGGCCCGCGAACGAGGAGCAAAGGAAGCCGCAUCCUCCUGCACAUCCUCCUCCUCCUCCGCCGCCUCCUCCGCAUGCUCCUCCGCACCCGCAUCCAGAUGCCCAUCCAAAACCGCCUGUCCACCCACAUGGGCAUUCAGAUGGACACCCAGCCCUGCCCCGCAAAUUCGGCAUCUCCUACUCGCCCUACAACGCCGACAAGAGCUGCAAGACGCAAGCAGAGGUAGACAAAGACCUUGACAAGCUCCCACAGUACUCCUUCAUCCGGAUCUACGGCACAGACUGCGACCAAACGAGGACAGUAACAGCAGCAGCAAGACGCCACCACAUGCAAGUCUUCGCUGGACUGUACGACCUGUCCGGGUUCCCAGACAGCCUAAAACCUAUCAGCGAGGCAGCAGCCACAGGGCCCGACGGCAAAAAGGACUGGUCCAUCUUCCACACCAUCGCCAUCGGCAACGAGCUCAUCAACGGCGGCAAGACCGACCCGGCCAGGGUCACCGCCGCUGUCAACAAGGCCCGCUCUAUCCUCCGUGACCAGGGCUACGAAGGCCCCGUCGUGACGGUCGACGCUUUCUCUGUGCUCCUCAAACACCCCGAGCUGUGCCAUGCGUCGGAUUACUGCGCUGCAAACUGCCACGCCUUCUUCGAUGCCUCGCAGCAGCCCGACCAUGCCGGCUCCUUUGCCCUGCACAAAGCCCUCGCUGUCUCCGAGGCCGCUGGUGGCAAGCACACUAUCAUCACGGAGUCGGGCUGGCCGCACGGCGGUAAUGCUAAUGGCGCUGCUGUGCCGUCGCCGGAGAACCAGCAGGCUGCUAUUGCAAGUCUGCGGAAGACGGAACGGUUCUGGGGUAUCCAGUCUGGGCCGUAG